AUGGGAUCCCGGAAAUCUGAAGAUGAUCCCAAUGUUGAAACGGUCGAAACGACCUUGGAGGCAGAUGCCGAUACGCACGGCCAACUUCAACCUAGCGAGGGCUUCAUCAAACUUAUCCAAAAUGAUUCUGUUAUCUUGAUACCUCGCCCGAGUCAAGACCCCAAAGAUCCGCUGAAUCUCCCGACAUGGCACAAAGGCGUCAUAAUAUUACUUGUCGGUCUGUACAGCGCCAUCUCAGUCCUCGCAACUUCUGGCCUCGGUGCCGUUUUCCCAUACGUGGUCAAAGACUACCCCGACCAGGCUACGAGAGCGACCGAUCUGUUGACAUACCCAACUCUGUUCAUGGGAAUUGGAAACCUUAUAUCCAUGCCCUUGACACUGGCACUCGGGAGACGUCCCAUUUUCUUGAUUUCCUUGCUCAUGCUCGCCGUGACUGGUCUCUGGUGUGCAUUUUCGACUUCCUUGACGAGCCACAUUGCCGGGCGUAACUUCCUCAGCAUGGCGGCCGGACAGAGUGAAGCUCUUGCUCCUUUCAUUGUUGAGGAGAUUCACUUCUUGCAUGAGAGAAGUACCAAGAUUGCUUGGUAUAUUGGAGUCCAGGCAGCAGGAACGGCGGGUAUGUUUGUUGCAACAACUUACAUUGUUCCCCAAUUUGGUCUCAAGUGGUGGUAUUUGGUCAUCACUUUCAUUUCCUUUGGGCUGUUGGUUUUGUCAUUUUUCUUCGUUACGGAGACAAUGUACAACAGAGCUGAUGACCCCCUGGCCGAAAGUGACCCCGACCAGAAGCCGACGACACGCGAAUCUCACCGGGUGCGACCUGAAAUAUACGGCCCCCGAACAUGGAAACAUGAUUUGAAGAUGUUACAUUACAAAGCAAACUGGAGUGAAGUUCUCACGUUUUACAAACAAACUGCACAAGGAUUUUGUAUCCCAUCAAUUCUGUGGCUUUUGUUGUUAAAUGGCGCUUGUCUCGGUGUCUACGUCUACCAUGCGUCGACAUUCGCAGUCAUCCUAAUGGCGGAGCCAUACAACUUCAAGUCUUCAUGGCUAGGAUGGGUCCAGCUUGUUCAAGUCUUGGAUUGUGUACUUUUGAUCCCCAUUGUGGGAUACGGGUCUGACUUAUUAGUCAAGCGUCUUAGUGCCUGGAGGAAAGGGAUGUUUGUGCCUGAGGAUAGGUUCAUCUCUCUCGCACUUCCAAUAGUUGCCGUCAUCCUGGCAUGCGUCAUCUAUGGGCAGGCGGGCGCCCACCCAGAGAGAUGGCACUGGAUGGCGAUUGUGGCUCCUUAUCACAUUGGCUUGUUUGCCUUUAUGAGUGCCAACCUUGUGGCAAUUACAUAUUCCAUCGACAGCUUCCCCAAGCAGGGCGGGGCUCUUCUGAUGGUUAUUUGUGUCGGUCGCGGAUUCAUCAGCUUCGGGCUGAGCUACUCGACAGUCCCCCUGAUUGAUGCAACUGGGUAUGAUGGGGCCAUGAACAUUCUGGCCAUUAUAUGCGGUGUCUUGGGCGCCAUCACAGUUCCAAUGUACUUCCUAGGUCCGCGGUUCCGCAGGUGGGCGUUGAAGACGUUUUGGGCAGUCGACAAGAGUUUGUGA